UCUGGUUAUCACGGAUCCUUAAUUCUGAAUUGAGAAAAAUCGGUAAUAGUGAAAUUGCAGAACUAAGUCACUGUCAACAAAGUGAGCCAAAUUGCAGCUAAGUCAUUGUCAACAAAGCGAUAAAGGUUCCGAGAAUGCGAAAGUAAUCAGUACGUAUCUAUUUUAUAUUGAAGCAAACAAACAAAACAAAUAAAUAUAAUGGUAACCCUAGGAAAGGAAAAAUGUUGUGCUAUAAUAGAUCGAAAUCUCGUCUCUACCCAUGUAUCUUUUCAAUGCAUCCCUCUAAAAGUCAAUGUCCUGUCACUGUUUGGUUUGAUAAUUUUGCAGAAAAAAUUAGUUUCGAAAUAGACUUUGCGUAGAAAGGAUAUCUUAUAGUUUGACGUUUCGUAAAUUUCAUUUAUUUCUUAAAAAUAGAAAAGAAAAUGUAUCCACAAAUCAACGAAAAAGCCGGCUUAAAUGACGCACCACCAACUUAUGAUGAAACCAUCCGACAACAACCAUAUCCAACCGCUCCAACAGCACCAAUAGCUCCAUCAACAGGAUACAUUCCACCUCUGCCAAUUCAAACACAGCCCCAGCUACAUCAGCAGCAACAACAACCAAUUAUUUUGGUCCAAACUUUACAUCCACUAGGUCCUCGUCCAUGCACUUUGGUGUGUCCUAGUUGUCAUCAACAACAAAAGACCAAAGUUAGAACCGAACCAUCUUUAAAGACCCAUCUAAUAGCAGCCAUUUUAUGCUUUUUCGGGUCUUGCUGUUGUGCAUGUCUGCCGUACUGUAUUGAUACUUGUAAAAAUACAAAUCAUUAUUGCAGCAAUUGCAAUGCUUACAUUGGAAUGUAUAAAAAAUAGAUUUAUAUGCUUCUUGUGGUUUGGAGUUAAGUCGAAAAUGAGAGUUCGUUUGACAGUUGAAAUGUCAUCUUUGUAUAUAAAAUCUAUAUUACUAUCAUGGAGCAGUUAUUUUUGUACGUUCACAGACAAUGUUGCGUUAAAAGUUUCGUAUACAAAAAGUGAAGUAAGAAAACUGUAAAAUCUAAUUCGGCUAGCCACUAGGUGCCGCCUCCUAUUGAUUUCAUAUACAAAGAUGUCAUGUGAAUACUGAAAUACUCAAUGUUAUUCGUUUACAACUUUCUUUCGUUUCAAAAACAACAAUAAUUUUUAAAAAUCAUUGAAAUAUAAAUUAAUCUACUAAGUAAAAAUGUACAGUUCCUGCUUCCAGUUUACAUAUUGAAUUAAUUAAAUAGAAGAAUUAAAUGUAAUAGGAACAGUUUUCAAAGUAAUCCUUGUGAAAUAUGUAACUUGAUAAAAUAAACCCUCCUAUUAAUACAAAAAAAAAACAAUGCAUGGUGUUUUGACUCCUUCAUAAAAUAAAUAAAUAAAAAAGAACUUUUAAAACUUAAUUCCACGAUCAUAUUCACCAAAGU